AAACCCUUCUUGAAGGUCCGGGAGACUGAGACUGAAGCAAAUACUGUAGAGAAACCCUAGACCCCUGUGUUCUGCUCCCCCGAUCACUCCCUCUGAAUUUUCUGGUUCUUGUUCCACUCAUUUCUCUAUUGCAUUAGAGAAAUCAUAAAUGGCAGUUGCUGCACAAACCCUUGAUAUUUCCGGGGAGCGACAAUCUGGACAGGACGUUCGGACCCAGAAUGUGGUGGCUUGCCAAGCAGUUGCGAACAUUGUGAAAUCUUCAUUGGGUCCUGUUGCCUCGACAAGGUGCGAUUCUAUGCUCGUUGAUGACAUUGGUGAUGUGACCAUUACUAAUGAUGGUGCCACUAUACUUAGAAUGUUGGAAGUAGAGCACCCUGCAGCCAAGGUGUUGGUGGAAUUGGCUGAACUUCAGGAUAAAGAAGUAGGAGAUGGCACAACUUCUGUGGUCAUUGUAGCUGCAGAGUUGCUAAAAAGAGCAAAUGAUCUAGUGAGAAAUAAGAUUCAUCCAACUUCAAUUAUCAGUGGAUACCGACUUGCGAUGCGAGAAGCUUGCAAAUAUGUGGAAGAGAAGCUGUCUGUCAAGGUGGAGAAACUUGGAAAGGAUUCGCUGAUUAACUGUGCCAAGACCAGCAUGUCCUCAAAGUUGAUAGCUGGUGAUAGUGAUUUCUUUGCCGACUUGGUUGUAGAUGCAGUACAAGCAGUAAAGAUGACCAAUGCCCGUGGUGAAGUUAAAUACCCAAUCAAGGGAAUCAAUAUAUUGAAAGCUCAUGGAAAAAGUGCUAGAGAUAGCUAUCUAAUGAAUGGGUAUGCUCUAAAUACUGGUCGUGCAGCCCAAGGAAUGCCUCUUAGAGUUGCCCCUGCAAAAAUUGCUUGUCUUGAUUUUAAUCUUCAGAAGACAAAGAUGCAGUUGGGUGUCCAAGUUGUAGUCUCUGAUCCCAGGGAGCUUGAGAAAAUUCGUCAAAGAGAGGCUGAUAUGACUAAAGAACGAAUUGAAAAAUUACUGAAAGCAGGAGCAAAUGUUGUUUUGACUACUAAAGGAAUUGAUGACAUGGCCCUCAAGUACUUUGUUGAGGCUGGGGCAAUUGCUGUAAGACGAGUGAGGAAAGAGGAUAUGCGCCAUGUUGCGAAGGCAACUGGUGCUACCUUGGUCUCAACAUUUGCUGAUAUGGAAGGGGAGGAAACAUUUGAACCAUCGCUUCUUGGAUUUGCAGAUGAGGUUGUAGAGGAGCGUAUUGCUGAUGAUGCUGUAAUUAUGAUAAAAGGGACCAAGACUACUAGUGCUGUCUCUUUGAUCCUCAGAGGUGCAAAUGACUAUAUGCUUGAUGAAAUGGAUAGAGCUCUGCAUGAUGCUUUAUCGAUUGUCAAGAGAACUCUUGAAUCAAAUACGGUUGUAGCUGGUGGUGGUGCUGUUGAGUCUGCAUUAUCAGUAUAUCUGGAGUAUCUUGCUACAACUUUAGGAUCUCGGGAGCAGUUGGCUAUUGCAGAGUUUGCAGAAUCUUUGUUAAUCAUUCCCAAGGUCCUUGCUGUCAAUGCUGCCAAGGAUGCCACCGAGUUGGUUGCAAAACUACGAGCUUACCAUCAUACAGCACAAACAAAAGCUGAUAAGAAACAUUUAUCUAGCAUGGGAUUGGACCUUUCAAAGGGAACAAUCAGAAACAACUUGGAAGCUGGAGUCAUUGAACCUGCAAUGAGCAAAGUAAAAAUACUUCAGUUUGCAACUGAAGCAGCCAUUACAAUUCUUCGAAUUGACGAUAUGAUCAAACUUGUCAAGGACGAAAGUCAAAAUGAAGAGUAGUGUGUGCCUCAACGUGUGAAAACCUUUUGGGCCUUUUCCCUCAAAAACAGAAAGAAAAAGGAGGGAUACAAUGGUGUGCAUUUGAAGGUGGUUAUCGUCAUCUCAUCUGCAUUCUAAGCUGUAAUGCCUUCCAUGGCUUUGAAGGGAAAAUGUGUUCAAUUUGUGUUCAAGUGACGUU